AUGUCAGAUUUCAUGCUCUCCCUGCACGCUAUUAGCCUUUCUGUAGCCCACUGGACCAUGGGUUAUAGAGGACCUGACAGCAACUUCAAGUUCCAGGAGGAUCGAAUGCGUGCCCGGGCGCAGCUCGACUCUUCGAAGGCUUUGCAUACAUUGUAUGGAGACAUGGCGCUUCAGGUGGUUACGGGUAAGGAGAUUAUCAAGAAGAUACGGUCCCUGCCUUCACCAUUCAAACGAACCCUACCGUUGGACUUUCAGUUCACCUUCGAGCGCGCUAUUGAUUUGGUUGGGGCAAUUACGGAAGAGGUCCAGUUUUGCGAGGCUAUGAUCAAAGAGUACGCACCACUUACCCCAUUCCCUGACGAGCAGCAAGUGUGCAAUGCUCUUAUCGGCUGA